GCAAGCCCUGGAUUCUUCAUAUAAAAACUACCCCCGAAGCCUGAAAGCGUGAAACGGCGAGAGAGCGAUAACGAAGUGUGGUCGAGAUCCGGAGACGCUUCGGGUUUCGCCCAUUGGGACGUCGGAGCCCCGAGCGGUACUGUUCUUCCUGUUCACAAAGCUUCGGUAAAGGCAGAGAAAUAAGAACGAGAAUGAAGGGGUCGUGUACUCUCGUGGCGUCGGUGCUGGCCGCGUCAACCGUCGCUCUUGGCUCCUCUUCCUCCGCGGGAGAUCCUGACCCUUCGUUUCAUCCCCGGUCCUCCAAGGGAUUUUCUUCCAAUUCAUCUUCUUCGGCGAAAAUCUGCGCACCCCAUUCGCAUAGCUCGUCAAAUAAGGAGAAAUUCGCGCCGAGAUUCGACGGCCUCAGGUUCAUCGAGACCUUGGUCACGGCUCACAGAUGACCGCAUAAAACCGUGAUUUUUGUCUGCGUUUUUUAUCUGCUAAUUGAGGCUUCGCAUAAGGAUUUAUUCCCAUUAAUCGCUUGGGCCAUUUUCGUGUUUAUUGGGUUCCUUUUUUUUUUUUUGCUUUUUUAAAUUUUUACUCUCUCGAUCGGUUAAUUGAUGAUGUAAAAUAUCAUUGAAGUUGAGCCCAAUAGCGUGAGGUUCCAGUUUUUCUCGAGUUUUCUCUUGUUUUUUGUGAAAUUUAUUUGUCCUCGCUCGUAUGUUACAUAAUUAAUAUUAUUCAUAAACAAAAUUUAUUAUGUUAA